CAUAACAAAUCCGAACAUGGCCACCCCGCCUCCAUUGUGAGGAGGACUGCAGGGAAGGUCUUCGUAUGGUGCCAGGGGCAUUCACCCUUCUCUGCUCUGCUGUCCGCAGGGGCCUUUGUGCUUCAGAUGGAGACGGACUGCUUCCUCUCGCCCUCCGGCCGGGUCCUCUGGGCCAACUGGACCAUGGCCUUCAACCAGCUGCCCUUGGUCUGCUAUGACAACGAAGACGGGCACUUCCUGCCCUGUGGCCUGGGGUGGGCUGGCCCCUGGGCCCAACCUGCUGAAUACAUCUCCCAGUGGCUGGACAGACAUGGGCCCCCCCAAGGGCCAAAUGCCAGCCAGGCCUGCCAGGCCCAGGCCCAGCCCCUCUGGAAACGCACAGCCGAGCGCAGGACUCCCCCGCAGGUGCUCAUCCACCCGGUGACUCGGCAAGGCUCCCCAUCAGCCAAGACCCUGUCCUGCGUGGCCUGGGGCUUCUUCCCGCCAGAGGUGGACAUCACCUGGUUCUGGAAUGGGGCCCCCUUGGAGGCCCAAGAGGGGCCCCUCUCCCUCCGCAGCAACGGAGACUGGACCUUCCAGGCCGAAAGGACCCUGACCCUGGAGCCCCUCCACGGAGGGACCUACUCCUGCCACGUGAGCCACUCCAGCCUCCAGGAGCCCAUCGUCCAGGAGUGGGUGCCUGGUUUGUCCAUGGAUCUGCGCCUCAAGGUGGGCCUGGCGGGGGCCGUCCUGGGCCUGGGACUCGUCUUCUUCGUUGCCGCAGCUGCCAUGUUCUGGAGGGAAAAUGGACGGCAAGGUUAUGUUCCUAUUGAGGGCAGCUCCUUUCCAGAAGAUCAUUGAAGAGUCUUUGCAGAGGCCAAAGGCACCCAAAGGGACCACUGCUGACCCCCACCAAGAUGUCCCAUUUCCUCUGCUGGAAGCAACUGGGAGGAAGGGUCCCACCACCCUAUGCGUUGGAAUGCUGCCUUUGUGGACUACAACUCCCAGCAUCCCCUAGGCACAGAAGAAUAUAACAAGAUAUUAUAUUUGGGGGGGGGGGGG